AUGGCGGGGGAUCAUCAGCCCGCAUGUCCUCCUCGGCUGGCUCGGCUGGGCUGGAGAACAGCGCUGCUGUCUCACUGCUUGUCCUCCGUCCUCUCCCAGGUCCCGGAUCCGGAGCUUUUGCCCACAGACCCGCCGAAGAAACCUGACCCCGUGACCUCCGAGACGGUGGUGUUCUGGGGAUUGCGGCUAUGGCAGGUCAUUGGCAUAUUUUCAAUGUUUGCGUUAGCAGUCGUGAUCACACUAUGCUGCAUCUUCAAAUGUCGAAUCCCAAGAACCAAGAAGGAGAUUGAGGCGCGACAUGCACAGAGACAGGCAGCCAAGUCAUAUGCCAACACAUUAGAGACGGUGCCUCCUCUGAACGAGCUGACGGAAAUCCCCGGCUCUGCAAAAGCGGAGGAAAAGGAAGAGGUGACAACAGUCUCUGGGAAGGUGGACGCUGAGAAAGCAGAGAAGAAGUCAAAGGAAGGCAAGAAAGAGGGCAAGGGUGCCAAAGAGGGAAAAGUAGACGAGAAGGACGCAUCGGCAAAGAAAAAGGAUGACAAAGGUGAAAAGGGCACCCCCAAGGAGGGCGGCGAAGGGAAGGGGAAGAAGACGGCGGAAAGGGGCGAUAAAAGUGAAAAGGGGGAGAAAGGAGGUGGCAAAGGAGAAGCGAAGGCGGGAGCAAAGAAAGCUGCAGCUAAAAAGUGAACC